AUGGCUCGAGCGGACCAGCUGAUUUUGGAGGUUGACCCUCGUGAGAUCAAGUACUUGAGCGUCAUCGGCGAGGGGACAACAGCAGUAGUCCAUUUGGCAAGGUUCAACGGCGCUGAAGUGGCGGUAAAGGAGAUCCGCGCGUCCGCCGAGUGCGCCGGCUGUGACGAGGGUACACUCCAGGACUCGGCGGUGGAGCGGGAGAUCGGGACCCUGAGCCAGGUCAAGCACGAGAACAUCGUGAUGUUGGAUUGGGAUAACUAUAGCGGCUCUGCCCAUUCGCCUCGUGCUGGAGUACUGUGCCGGCGGCUCCUUGUUUGA